AUGAUUACACGGCCUGAUAAUUGGUGGAUUAAGGCCCAGUUUGGGAUUGCUGUCACUUCUGAAAAAAGUUGCUUCUGCUGUGCUUUGAAAAUAAUUAGCUGUAAAGUAAAGCAGCUCCAUGUUUGUAGUGGUAGUGAUGGAGUGGAGGUGGUGGUGGUGAUGAAGGUGGAGUUGGUGGUUGUGGUAGUAGUGGUGGUAGGGAUGGUGCUUGUGGAGGUGGUGGUAGUGAUAGCACGGUGGUGGAGGUGGCAGCAUGGUGAUGGUGGUGGUGGUGUUAGUUGUGAAGGUUUUGGAGGAGGUGGUGGUUGUGGUGGUAGUGGUGGUGGUGGUGGUAGUGGUGGUGGUGGCGAUGACGGUGGUUGUGGAGGUAGUGAAUGUGGUGGUGUAAGUGGUGGAGUUAGAUGUGGAAGUGGAGGUUCAUCUUUGCUUCUUUUGAAAGCAGCUUUGAAAAGCAACCCAUAG